UACAAACUGUGCAUAAUAAUAACAAAUUUUUGGUGACUGAAGUUCUACGACGAAGGGCUUCAGAAUUCAGAACUCCUUUAGCUUCUUCAAAGGCUUUAAAGCAAUAAUUUAUGGCUUACAAUCUGUGCUUUAGCUGGCUUAAAUAACUAACUGAAGAUGCCUUUUAAACUGAGACUGAAGAAGAGCAGCAAAAAUUACAAUGUGGUGUCCAAGACUGUGUUCGUGAUUUGCGUGGAGCUUCUCGAUGGCACCACGGUCGAGUGCACCCUUUCGUCCGAGAGCAUCGGCCUCGAGUGCAGAGACAACGUUUGCCAGCGCCUCGGCCUUCAACAGCCUGAAUUGUUCGGCCUGCGAUAUGCCACAAAGCCCGAGGAGAGCAUGCACCCUUCGCACAGAUGGGUCGAGUUGAACAGGCCCUUGAAGAGGCAGCUCAACAAAUACGCCGCAAACUCAAACAACCUGCAGCUCAGGGUCGUCUACUUUGUCACUGGACUCUCACUGCUCUCGGACGAGAUCACCAGGUACCACUAUUUCCUGCAGCUGAAAAGCGACGUGAUCGAAGGCAGGGUUAACUGCAGUCCAAAGCAGGCCGUCCUUCUCGCCGGAUACUCGAUGCAGGCCGAAUUUGGAGACCACGAGCCUGGAAAGCACACAGCGCAGUACCUCAAGGACUUUAAUCUCUUCCCAGCGCCACUGAUAAAGCAAGUGCCAAUGGAUGCCAUGACAGAGGCAGCAAUUCUGCAGCACAGCUCUCUACGAGGACUGGCCCAGCACAUCGCCGAGGAAUACUACAUUUUGUCUGCGCAGCAACUCGAGGGCUACGGCCAGCAAACCUUUGCCGGCAAGGACGAUCACGGCAACGAGAUAGUGCUGAGCGUAAAUUUGAAUGGACUGACGGUGGCGCAGAUCCUGGGAAAUUACUACCGCAGUUACAAGUGGGGAGACAUCGCCAACGUCGUCAAUCACAAGCGCAGUCUUUGCAUAGAGGGUCUCAAUGACAUGGAGAAUUCGCAGCUCAUCUUUGCCAGCACCAAUCUGGCCAAAUACCUCUGGAGGCUCUGUUUGCACCAACACACAUUUUUUAUUCAAAACGAGCAGCCUACCAUUCCUGCCACCCAACAAUGGUACGACCCCAAUUACCAGCAGCUUAUUACAUCAGUCACUGAGGAAGAACCAGUGGUGACUGGAAUGAGGAGCACAAAUAUUUCUGGCAGCGUGCCUGAGUUGCUGUACACGCCAGAUUGCUCUGUGAACGGCAGGAUGGCAGCUGCGGGCUUCAACCGCGCUCAGUCGAACCGCGAGCUCUACACGCCGGCCAGCAACGACAAACUGCGGGCGCUGCUGCCCCAAUACCGACCAGCGCCCGACUACGAAACGGCCAUUAAACAAAAAUAUCAGCAGGUGGCUACGCUCGGCGAGGCUCGGUACCAACAGCUCUUGCACAGCAGCCAGCCGGAAAUCCCUACGCAGUGUGAAGUGACAAGCCAAUACCAGUUCUACCAAGAUGAGGCCAACCCUGUGAGACACGUGGAAGCUGUGACGUACAGUACACCGGAUUUGCAAGCGAUCAACGAUACAAGCCAGCAGCAGCUGAUCAACGGGAUACGGCUGCUGCAACUGUUCAAGCAGCCGCCGCCGUACUCGUCCAUCUCGUCGUCGACGCCUGACCUGGCAAACAUGCUGAGUGCGCCGAGCCAGGCGUCCCACCUGACGGCGCACGGCUCCAGUCCAGAUUUGCUCAACUCUCGGCUCAGCCAGCAGCAUCUUCAGCAGUACCACGAGGAGGGCACCCACCAGCAGCAGCUGCUCUACGCGCCUCACAAUCCGAACAACGCCCACCAGCAACUUACGCACACCAGGUCCACAGAGCCCAUUUACGAGAACUUUCCUCUCAGGUAUUCGUCGGAUGACUGGCACAACAGUGGAAUCAGGGCACGCACCUCCAGUAUACAGAGUGCGCCUGAAAAUCUGCCAAGAAAUAGGUCAUUGGAUGUCACAGAAGCAUCAAAUCCGCACUUUCUGCAGCCUCCAGGAGAGUCGAAUAAAUUGGCGGCGCAACAUGCUGCCUGGGGCGCGUCUCCAAGCAACACGGCCACCAAGCAGAAGAAAAAAAGUAGCUGGGGAAGCCUGCUGGGAGGCAAGAGCAAGAGCGACUCGCGGUCCAGCCUCAGCGACUCUCGCACCUCCGAAUUGCCCCUCCCAACGACAAGGGAUGCGUUGUGUGUGAGACUGGAGCGCAAGCUGGCCGACAGCCAAAUGUUCCUGGAGUUUGAACACAUACCGAGGAAAAAGGAGGAUGAGCCUUGCACCUGUGCCUUAAGCCCGGAAAACAUAUCAAAAAAUAGAUACAAAGAUGUCGUUUGCUACGAUUACAACCGGGUCAGAUUAAGUGCGAGAGGCAACAACAAAAAUGGCUACAUAAACGCGUCUCAUGUCAAAUUAGGAAGCGGGAUUUCGGAAAGACACUACAUCGCAGCGCAAGCACCUAGUCGAGAAACUUUGGGCCUGCACUGGCAAAUGGUGUGGGAGACUGGCUCGCUGAUGAUCAUCGCCCUGUGCACCAAACACGAGCAAAGCCACUACCCUGCCCAGCCCUCCCCGGAAUUCACUUCUUACGGAGAUUACCAGGUGCAAAGUAAUUUCCUGCAGGAGACGAGCCACUGCAUCACCUCACAGAUCCGCCUUCAACACCGACCGUCCAAGAGUACCAGACUAAUUUGGGUUUUGCAGUACACAGAGUGGGGCGACCUUGGAACUCCCUACGAUGAAACCCAUUUUUUUGGUUUCUUGAGUGAAGUUCAGUCGGUGAGGGAGCAUGUGAUGCUCGACAGUACUGCUUCGGGCAUCUGGCCCAGUUUGGUGCACUGUCAGGCAGGAGCCGGCAGGACCGGACUCUUCAUAAUGACCGACUUUUUGAAAACUCAACUAGAUUGCAACAAGGAACUGGAUGUUCCGGGAACUUUACUUCAACUUCGCAUGCAGAGGAUGCUGUCGGUGCAGACGGUGGACCAGUACAGGUUCAUCCACAGCGUCAUCAUAAAUCAUCUCAAGCUCACGAGACUUAUUUAAAUUUUUACAAAGUGAUCAAGCCUUAUCAAUAGGGUUGGGGAUUUUUGACAAAAAUUUAAAAAAUGUCUUCCAUUCAUUUUUCUAACCUUUUAUGGGUUUCUAAUUUUUGGGGGAUUUCGAAUAUUUAAUAUGUCAUUUUCAGCUUAAACAUUUUAGUUUUUCCUGCUGAAAGAUUCCCAAAAAAAUUAAAAACUAAAGAUUGCUGGUAGAAGAAGACUCGAGAAAAUUUAAUUUUCUUAGACAAAUUGUUAAAAUUUGAAUUGUAAAAUUCCCAACCAUACCUAUCAAGCUGUCGGUGCUCAGAUACUCGCCUAUUUAAUUUAUAUAUUUUGUAAUAUUGACGUUGUUAAAGUAACUAUAUAUCGCAUUAAAAUUUUUAAACGCUUUCCGUGGGAAAGUUUGACAAUUGAAACUACA